AUGACAAUUUAUGAUCCACUUGGCCUCAUUGAUCACUUUUUGAUAAUGCUGAAAAUUUUGCUGCAGGAGGUGUGGCGCGCAAAUGUGCAGUGGGAUGAGACUGUCUCCGAGAGCCUAUUCGAGAAAUGGCGUGAAUGGCUAUGCCUGCUUCCUAAGCUAGAACAACUUCGAAUUCCUAGAUGUUACCAUCAAAUAACGCCCACCGACGCUGUUGCUGAUUUGCAUGUUUUUGUUGACUCGAGUGAAAGUGCUAUGUCGGCAGCUGUAUUCCUACGAUUUAUGAAAGGAAGGAUAGUAGAAUGCGUCCUGGUGGCUGCCAAAACUCGGGUAGCCCCCCUUAAAUAUACUUCUAUUCCACGAUUGGAACUUCAGGCCGCAGUUCUCGGAACAAAAUUAGCGGCAACCGUUAUGAAAAAUUUAACCUUUGAGCUCUUGAAGCGAACGUUCUGGACUGACUCACGGAAUGUAUUAUGUUGGUUACGGGCUGACGGCAAACGAUAUAGUUCUUUCGUCGGAUCAAGAAUAAGCGCAAUCUUAGAGACAACAGAGCAACGCGAGUGGAGAUGGGUUCCGACUCAAUUAAAUGUAGCCGAUGACGGAACACGAUGGCGCAGCCGACCCAAUUUAUCGUCAAAUAGCAGGUGGUAUAAAGGUCCCGAGUUUCUGAUACAGGACGAAGGCACAUGGCCCAUCCUUGCACAGGAACCUAUUUCCACGGAGGAAGAAAUGAGGCAUCGUGUAUUUUUCCAUUGUAAGGCUUCCGAACCAGUAAUAGACGUCAGUAAGUUUUCUAGUUGGCGACGGAUGCUAGCAGUGACCGGAUAUGUCCAUCGGUUCUGCUCAAAUCUUCAAUGUCGUAUUCGUGAAGGUGUGCCGAUCACGGGUCCUUUAUUGAGUGAUGAACUACGAAAGGCUGAAGAAUAUCAUUAUCGGCAAGCGCAACGAGAUGUAUAUCAAAAGGAAAUCGCACUGUUGGAGACUUCAAAUGCGGCGGUUCAGAAGACGAGUUCUCUGUACAAAUUGAGUCCGUUUAUAGACAAACUCGGCGUCUUGCGAAUGAGAGGCAGAACCACUGUAUGUUCGUAUCUGCAUAGUGAUGCAAAAUAUCCAGUGAUUUUACCACCAGAUCAUCCAGUUACAUCACUACUUCUAGUAUAUCAUCAUGAGAAAUACAUGCAUCGCAAUCAUGAAAUCGUGGUGAAUGAAGUGCGUCAAAAGUAUAGUAUUUUCCGCUUAAGACAGUCACUUGCUAAUAUCCGCAGAAACUGUCAAUGGUGCAAAAAUCGGGACGUCCUUCCUCAACCGCCGGAAAUGGCAGAUCUCCCUGCGGCUAGGCUCUCUGCGUACACCAGGCCGUUUGCACACGUGGGAGUCGAUUAUUUUGGCCCAAUUGAGGUGCUUGUAGGACGAAGAGCCGAAAAGCGGUGGGGUGUUAUACUAACAUGUCUCACAACGAGAGCCGUCCAUGUUGAAGUGGCUAACUCGCUGACAACAAGUUCCUGCAUAAUGGCCCUUCAAAACUUUAUCGCUCGGAGAGGUACACCUGUAAGCUUCUACAGCGACUGUGGUACUAACUUUGUGGGUGCUAAACGUAUGCUACAGGAGCUAUAUCAGAAAUUUGAUCAACAUCAGCUAGCACGAGAAUUCGUAACCUCGUCUACAGCUUGGCACUUUAACCCACCGGCGUCACCCCAUAUGGGUGGCAGUUGGGAACGCCUCAUAGGAUCGAUCAAACGAAAUCUAUCAGAAGUUCUAAGCCGGAAGCGACCGACUGAUGAAGAGCUGAGGAACGCAUUAACGGUAAUAGAAGGUGUACUUAAUUCGCGCCCUCUAACUCAUGUGCCCAUUGAGGACGAGGCAGCGGCUGCAUUAACACCCAACCACUUUUUAUUGGGUUCAUCCGAUGGAUCCAAACCGUUGACGAUGAUUGAGACGGACACGGCGACAUUACGACGUGGCUGGCCAACUUCUCAAUGGUUGGCUAACUUAUUUUGGAAGCGGUGGGUUAGAGACUAUCUUCCCGACAUCACACGGCGAACAAAGUGGCACAAAAAGGUGACACCCCUCAAGGUGGGUGACAUAGUAGUCAUCGUGGACCAUGAGCACCCCAGGAACUGCUGGCCUAAAGGGCGAGUCAUUGGUGCGGUACCCAGCGGAGGACAAACUCGCAAAGCGGUAGUACAAACGAGCAGUGGAAUCUACGAGCGACCUACUGUGAAGCUAGCGUUGUUGGACGUACGGCGCGAGGCGGAGUAA